AUGGACGAAUUCGAUUCAAAAUCUACAAUAUUACGAUUUUGUUCCUUUCAAAAAAGACAUUUUUCGGAUUUGAUCGGUUUGGAAAUCGAGAAGCUCUUAAUUGAAUUACAGGUGUCUGAUAAAGUUACCAGUAUCACGUGUGAUGGUGCACCAAAUAUGAUUAAAAUGUUCGAUUAUUUAUCUCGUUCUGAUAUAACACGUAUUCGAUGUCAAGCACACGUUUUGCAUCUUGUUGUGUGCAAUGGUCUUGGUCUCUGGAUGGAGACAAAAAAAAAGAAAAACGUUACAACAAAUGAAACAAACUUACUCGAUUCUGAAAUACGGCUUAGUCAUUCUUUAAAGAAAAUCAAUAUAAUUGAUGAUGAACAAUUAAUUGUUGAAGUAAGUGAUAUUGAAAAUGAUCGUGAACUUACUGAACCAGAUAAUGAAAAUGAAGAUUCAAAUGAUGAAGAAGAUAAUAGUAUUGCUGAAGGUGAUAGUGGUGGUAAUUCUUUAGAUGAAUAUGAAUCAAUUUCAGAAAAUAGUGAAUGCGAUAGUGAACAUUCAGCUGAAGCCUUGAAGGAUAAUUUUGAAGUUGAAGUUGAUAUAAACUCCAAUGAUAGUUCUGAUUCAUCAUCAACACAACUUGAUACACAUAUUUCUUUAAUUGUCGAAAAGAGUCGGCAGCUUAUUGGUCUGAUAAAAGAUUCUUCAAUUUUAUCAUCAUUUAUAAAUAGAAAAGCUAAUGAAUAUAAUCAAUACAGUAAUAGUAAAAUUAAACGUUCGUUAAUAUUGGAUGUAGGUACUCGUUGGAAUUCAAGUUAUAAAAUGUUAGCUACUAGAGCCAUUAGUGGUAGUGAUUAUCCGAUGAUAGGCAUUACAUUUUAUAUUUUUCAUCGUCUUGAAAAAGAUUUCUUAUCAAAAAUUAUUCCAACAGAUGAUCCAUUAUUUAAUAAUAUGAAAAAAAGUUUAUUAAGUAAAAUGAUUUAUUAUACUAUGGUGCAAGAUCCAUUGCAAACAAAAACAAUUAUGUUCUAUGGGUACUUUGAUCCAUAUGCUAUAUCAGUUAUGACAAAUACUGAAAUUAAUACACUAGAAAAUGAAAUAAAAUAUAUAAUUCGUCAUAAAACAUCAAAUAGUUCAACACAAGCAUCAUCAACAACAUCUUCAAAUACAACUGGAUUAUCAAGAACAGAAAAAAAUUUUAAAAAAUCGUUACUCAAUUAUUUUGUUGAUUCAUUAGCUGAUGAAGAUAGUCAACAGAAAUUAGCUGGCGAUUAUGUAUCAACAUCACCUGAUUCAUAUAAUCCUGUCCAAUUUUGGAAGGAAAACAAAUCAUUGUUACCUAAUUUGACACCACUUGCACAAAAAUAUUUAGCUUCUCCUAGUACAAGUACAAAAUCUGAAUCAGCAUUUAGCAUAUCUGCUUAUUAUGGACGUAAACAACGAGCUCGACUUUCUUCAGUAAAUCUUGGCGGUUAA